CCCAAGAAGAAGCUGAAUGCUCCCUUUGACCCGGCCACAUCCAAGAUCGUGCCUUUUGACCUUCUGCCUGAGACUGAGGCCUUUGACCUGAAGCCUGGGACAGUGCCUGAGCUCCCACCCUUUGACCGGAUGCCUCGGGCACUGCCCUAUUACCCAGAGCCUGGGCCUCUGCCCACCCCAGAGGAGUCGACAGCCGCCUGGGGUGGAGGUCCUGAGUUUUUAAGGAUUUCUCUCUCCUUCACCUCUCCAUCUUUCUGCACCCUCAUUGGGAGACCCUUCAUCGGCCACCAGGAAGACGGGAUUGGCUACAAAAAGUCUGCAGCUCUCUCCCUGCCCAUUCACUCCCAGGAUCAGUUGGACGAGGUGAAGCUGCCAGCCAAACUGAGCAUCAGCAAGUCGCUGAAGGAGUCGGAGGCGCUGCCCGAGAAGGAGGGAGACGAGCUGGGCGAGGGCGCGCGGCCCGAGGAGGACGCGGCGGCGCUGGAGCUGUCGUCCGACGAGGCGGUGGAGGUGGAGGAGGUCAUCGAGGAGUCGCGCGCCGAGCGCAUCAAGCGCAGCGGCCUGCGGCGCGUGGACGACUUCAAGAAGGCCUUCUCCAAGGAGAAGAUGGAGAAGACGCGGGUGCGCACGCGCGAGAACCUGGAGAAGACGCGCCUCAAGACCAAGGAGAACUUGGAGAAGACGCGCCACACGCUGGAGAAGCGCAUGAACAAGCUGGGCACGCGCCUGGUGCCCGCCGAGCGGCGCGAGAAGCUCAAGACGUCCCGCGACAAGCUGCGCAAGUCCUUCACCCCCGACCACGUGGUGUACGCGCGCUCCAAGACGGCCGUGUACAAGGUGCCGCCCUUCACCUUCCACGUCAAGAAGAUCCGCGAGGGCGAGGUGGAGGUGCUCAGGGCCACCGAGAUGGUGGAAGUGGGCGCCGACGACGACGACGAGGAGGCCGGCGCGGGCCGCGGGGAGGCCGGCGACCUGCUGCGCGGGAGCAGCCCCGACGUGCACACGCUGCUGGAGAUCACCGAGGAGUCGGACGCCGUGCUGGUGGACCGCAGCGACAGCGACUGAGCGGCCCGCCCGCCCCGCCGCCCCCCUUCUCCCCCUCUCGAACUUUCUCUGUCGCGUUCUCUCUUGGCCCAAGCUGGCUGAGGUUUUUUUUUCUAAGUUGGAAGCACCCCUCUACCCCUUCCGGGGCACCCCGCCAAGUCUCAUGGCUUUUAAGGCCCCAGGGGGAGGCAG